AUGCACGCUCCCACUUUCAGCCACGUCUUGGUGGCCGCUGUUCUUGCCGCCACUGGUGUCCAGUCCUUUAGCACUGCCCCCGUUGUUGCCCUGGCCAUGCCAGCUUUUGCCAUGACCACGGCUGUCGAGGAGCGCGAGGCCGAAGAGCCAGUUGCCCUGGAGGCUCGCCAUCACCGCGGCAAGGGAACCAACAAUGCUGGCGCCAAUGCCGGCGCCAAUGCUGGCACCAACGCUGCCACCGGCGGUGGGAAGAGGAAGAAGAACAAGAACGGCGCCGGUAUUGCUGGCCUGUUCGGAAAGAAGAACAACAAGCGCGAAGAGGUUGAAGUCGUCGACUACGCCGCGCUCGAGGCCCGUCACCAUCGCGGGAAGGGAACCAACAAUGCUGGCGCCAAUGCCGGCGCCAAUGCCGGCGCCAAUGCCGGCGCCAAUGCCGGCGCCAAUGCCGGCACCAACGCUGCCACCGGCGGUGGGAAGAGGAAGAAGAACAAGAACGGCGCUGGUAUUGCUGGUCUGUUCGGAAAGAAGAACAAUAAGCGCGAAGAGGUUGAAGCCGUCGACUACGCCGCGCUCGAGGCCCGUCACCAUCGCGGGAAGGGAACCAACAAUGCUGGCGCCAAUGCCGGCGCCAAUGCCGGCGCCAAUGCCGGCGCCAAUGCCGGCGCCAAUGCUGGCACCAACGCUGCCACCGGCGGUGGGAAGAGGAAGAAGAACAAGAACGGCGCUGGUAUUGCUGGCCUGUUCGGCAAGAAAAACAACAAGCGCGCUAUCGCGUUCACGGCCUAA